ACUGUGAAAGGGGCCGUCCCUGUUAGUGGAGAUCUGCUCGUGGAAGGCCCACCUAGUGAUCAUCUGAAGAUAUCUUCCAUUUAGAGGAUAGUUUGACUCGAGUGUCCGAUCGAAUCAUAAGGGGACAGUUUGAAGGCUAUUUGUAAAUAGUAGCUUGGCCAAGAUGGAUGUGUUUAUGAAGGGUUUGUCUAAAGCGAAAGAGGGGAUGGCUGUAGCUGCAGAGAAGACCAAGGAAGGAGUUGCAGUUGCAGCUGAAAAGACCAAGGAAGGAGUUAUGUUUGUAGGUAACAAAGCUAAGGACAGCGUGGGCACAGUGGCUGAGAAGACCACUGGAGCCAUGGGGAACAUCGUCGCUGCCACUGGCCUUGUGAAGAAGGACGAGUUCCCAGCCGAUAUGAACCCUGAGGAGUAUGGGCAGGAGGCCAUGGAGGGCCAGGGAGAAGGAAUGCUGGAGCCAGAAGGGGAGACAUAUGAUGAGACCCAGCAGGAGAGCCAGGACUACGAGCCAGAGGCAUAAACACAUCAUUCCAAGCCACCAUCCAACCAGCAGCACAAUAAUAUUUCUAAUAAUUAAAAGGACAAAUGCUGAAACUAUUACAAUUAUAUCCCUGUUGCAAAAAAACAACAAAAAUACAAGCAUUCCCACUGAAAAAUGUUCUUCCUUCAAGACAAAUCUUUUAUUAUUAUAUAUUGUAAAUGUCAUGUUAUUAAUGUAAUGUGUUGGGUGUAGGUAUUUAUUGAGAUGUAGGAUUUGUCCUCUCAGUCUCAUUUCCUUGAUUCCCUCCCAAUGAAAUGAGACUAGAGUCAGGGCUUGUGACUUUGUACUUGUGUGUAUCUGUAUUUAGAAAUGUGCAAUAGAUGUUCAUCAUCUUCCAAUGAGACAUUGGGAGUGGGAAAAAAUUAAUAUGACCAGUUGCAAGCAGAUAUGAAUACAAUACUAUCCUCUUAAGUGUCAACAAUGCCUGUUUGUGAGUUUUUUCUUUUUUCUUUUAUGCAUUUCUUUGGAGAUUAAUUUGUUAAUGAAGUGAGAGUUUUUUACAUUGUAUCUUUAUAGUUGCUUGUGAAAUCAUUCCAGUAAACUAUCUGUUAGAAACCGACAGAGUAUACAUGUUUGUGUGUGGGUGUGUUUGUGUGCAAUGAAGAUUUUAAGAAGUUCAAGUCGAUAUAUUAUGUCUUGGAAUCAUAAUGGUUGUCAUAUCAAUAUGUGCUUUAAAUUACAGGACUUGUCUAUAUAAAGGUUUAUGUGUUAAGCCAGACAUGCAAAUCCUCUGUAAAUAAAAAGUUAAAAAACAAA